UGCUGCUCUGGUUUAGGCGGCGGGUUGGCUGAAUUCGGGGGAUGGCUAUUACCGCCUGUGAGGAGUGGCUGGAUAUGUCAGGGCUCGAGGGGAGAGACGCUGGUUGUGGUGAAAGGGCUGAAAAGGACUCUGAGGAGGGAGCAGGAGGAAAAGGAGGGGUGAGAGGAGAUGAGGAUACGUUGCCUGUGCACAACUGGAUGCAGCCGGGAGUGCAGCAGUGCCUGUGGGAGGCAAGGAAAAGAACCUGCCUGGAAUGGAGGAGAGCGAUGCAGCACAGUUGCUGUUGUCAGGACUCCCUCCACCCUUCAUCUGCCGCCACGCUGGAUUCUGUGCUAAUGAGAAAGAGCCAGAGCAGAGCAGGAGGCGCAGCCACUUUCCAUGUACUGCUGCUGAUGCUGUUUCCAUCGCUGUGCUGUUACCACCUGUGCCACUCUCUAUGGGUUCCAAAUAUCUCCUCCUAUGCAAAAGCAGAGGACAAACUGUUCAAAUAUCUCUUCAGAAACUACCAGAAAUGGGUGCGUCCGGUGGAGUACCUCAAUCAGACCAUCCGUGUGAAGUUUGGGUUGGCCAUCUCCCAGCUGGUUGAUGUGGAUGAAAAAAACCAAUUAAUGACAACUAAUGUCUGGAUGAAACAGGAAUGGGUUGAUAUGAAACUGAGAUGGAGCCCUGAGGACUUUCUGGGAAUCACAACCAUCCGCGUUCCAUCAGACAGGAUCUGGCUCCCUGAUGUUGUGCUGUAUGACAACUCAGAUGGACGUUUUGAGGGAACAGUCACGAAGGCUGUUGUUAAGUAUGAUGGGACCAUUUUAUGGAACCCACCAGCCAAUUACAAGUCAGCCUGCACCAUCGACGUCACCUUCUUCCCCUUUGAUCUCCAGAACUGUUCAAUGAAGUUUGGCUCUUGGACCUAUGAUGGCUCACAGGUGGACGUCCUUCUGGAAGACUUCCAUGUUGAUAAGCAGGAUUAUUUUGACAACGGAGAAUGGGAGAUAGUGAAAGCCACAGGCAGCCGUGGUCUGCGGACCGACGGCAGCGGCUCCUAUCCCACCAUCACCUACUUCUUUAUUAUCCGCAGGCUGCCUCUUUUCUACACUCUCUUCCUAAUCAUUCCUUGCAUUGGCCUGUCCUUCCUCACCAUCCUCGUCUUUUAUUUGCCCUCAAACGGAGGCGAAAAGAUCUCUCUCUGCACCUCGGUCCUGGUGUCUCUCACAGUCUUCCUCCUGGUCAUCGAAGAGAUCAUCCCUUCCUCCUCUAAGGCAAUCCCUCUCAUUGGGGAAUACCUGGUCUUUACCAUGAUUUUUGUCACGCUCUCGAUCGUCAUCACCGUCUUCGCAAUCAACAUCCACCAUCGCUCCUCAUCGACGCAUCACGGCAUGGCUCCGUGGGUGAGAAGGAUCUUCCUACAUCGACUGCCUAAGCUGCUGUGCAUGCGCAGCCACGUGGACCGUUACACUGCAGCCGGAGUGCCUGAAAUGAGAAGAAGCGGCGGACUGGGAAAGCUGAGGCCAACUCCUGAGCUCAGCCCUCCUCUGUACACCCAGCACAACCUCCGAGCAGCGUUGGAGUCCAUUCGCUACAUCACCACGCACGUGGUUAAAGAGAACCAGGUCAGAGAGGUGGUGCGAGACUGGAAGUUUGCCGCUCAGGUCUUGGAUCGAAUGUUUCUGUGGGCCUUCCUGCUGGUGUCGGUUCUGGGCUCGGCUCUCCUUUUCAUCCCCGUCAUUUACAAGUGGGCCAGCAUCAUCGUCCCUGCUCAUCCUGGCAGCGCUCUCUAGAAACAUGCGGUUUAGAUUUAACGGGGCGACGUAAGAAAAGCACAUGAAUUGCUCUUCAACACCAUUUUUGACAUUGGAAUGACUGAGAAGGCCAUUCAGCCACAUUCCUUCCCAUUCAGUUUCUGAGAUGCUGUUGUGCCAGAAAUAAUGCUGCAACUUUAAACACUGCUAUUUGAGACACAUACACGUCCUUUACUAUGGCAUUAUUUUAAGCUUGUUUCUAACGUGCGGCUGGACAGGAAAAGCAACAAAAGAAAACACCAAUGCACAUAUUUAUGUAGUUUGGACUUCGGCAGUAAAUGAAACAACAAUGAUUUCUAAUUCUGUAUUUCUCUGAUUUGUAGCCGGUCAUCUGCAUAACAGUGUUCUGUAGCGAGUAGAUACAAAUUGUGGUUUCCGGUGCAGAGCAAGAUAAUCCAGGGAGAACAUAUCCUUUGAGUAAAAGCAUGUCAUCAA